UUUUGGCGGUAUCAACACUAUAUUCUUCUCUUUGACCACCGCAUGCUGCCUACGUGGUAGACUCUCAAUACGCAUGGAACUGAACCUCUUACAGGAUUUGUAACUCACUUCUGUGGUAUCUAGUAAACUGGAACACGCGCUUUCCCUGGGCUGCUCUGUCAUCCCAGGUUUCAGCACUCGGAAAUCGCUUGGGCCCCCGCCCAGAGGCGGGGCUUGGGUGGGCUGACCACUCCUCUGGCCUCCAAUACUGUCGCUGACAUUCUCAUCUAUGCUCCAGCAGCCGUACCUCACUCCGGUGGAGGCGGGACUUCCUACAGCACUUCCGGCCAGAGCCUCAAGCUUCGCUGCUGGGCAGUUCGCUGGAAGCUCGGCUGCUGCUCGGAACACCUGGAGUCUCCGCGGGCAGAUCUCAUAUUUUGGAUUCUGGAUAUAUUAUAAUGAGUGACACUUUGACAGCGGAUGUCAUUGGUCGAAGAGUUGAAGUUAACGGAGAACAUGCAACAGUACAUUUUGCUGGUGUUGUCCCUCCCGUGGCAGGACCCUGGUUAGGAGUAGAAUGGGACAAUCCCGAGAGAGGAAAGCAUGAUGGGAGCCACGAAGGGACUGUGUAUUUUAAAUGCAGGCACCCGACAGGAGGAUCCUUUAUUCGUCCGAACAAGGUAAAUUUUGGAACAGACUUUCUUACUGCAAUUAAGAACCGCUACGUGUUAGAAGAUGGACCAGAGGAAGAUAGAAAAGAGCAAAUUGUUACAAUUGGAAAUAAACCUGUGGAGACUAUCGGUUUUGACUCUAUUAUGAAACAGCAAAGUCAGCUGAGCAAGUUGCAAGAAGUUUCUCUGAGGAACUGUGCAGUAAGUUGUGCUGGUGAAAAAGGAGGAGUUGCUGAAGCAUGUCCUAAUAUCAGAAAGGUAGAUUUGUCAAAAAACCUGUUGUCAUCAUGGGAUGAAGUGAUACACAUUGCUGAUCAGCUCAGACACCUGGAAGUCCUUAAUGUCAGUGAAAAUAAACUAAAAUUUCCCUCCGGUUCAGUAUUAACUGGAACGCUUUCUGCACUGAAGGUUUUAGUCCUCAAUCAAACAGGAAUAACGUGGGCUGAGGUGCUGCGGUGUGUCGCGGGGUGCCCAGGCCUGGAGGAACUCUACCUUGAGUCUAACAACAUUUUCAUUUCCGAAAGGCCAACAGAUGUUCUCCAGACAGUCAAGUUAUUAGACCUUUCCUCUAAUCAAUUAAUUGAUGAAAAUCAGCUGUAUCUGAUAGCCCACCUGCCCAGGUUAGAACAAUUAAUCCUCUCUGACACUGGAAUUUCUUCUCUACAUUUUCCGGAUGCUGGAAUUGGGUGCAAAACAUCCAUGUUCCCAUCCUUGAAGUACCUGGUAGUAAACGACAAUCAGAUAUCACAAUGGUCGUUUUUCAAUGAGCUAGAGAAGUUACCAAGUCUACGGGCUUUGUCCUGCCUAAGAAACCCCCUGACCAAAGAGGACAAAGAAGCAGAGACGGCGCGUCUGCUCAUUAUCGCCAGCAUUGGCCGGCUGAAGACGCUGAACAAAUGUGAGAUUCUCCCCGAGGAGAGGCGGAGAGCUGAGCUUGACUACCGAAAAGCUUUUGGAAAUGAGUGGAAACAGGCUGGUGGACAUAAGGAUCCGGAAAAAAACAGACUCAGCGAAGAAUUCCUCACAGCCCAUCCCAGAUACCAGUUCCUCUGCCUGAAAUAUGGUGCACCUGAAGAUUGGGAACUCAAAACACAGCAACCACUUAUGCUGAAAAACCAGCUACUAACACUGAAGAUAAAAUACCCUCAUCAACUUGAUCAGAAAGUCCUGGAGAAACAACUGCCGGGCUCCAUGACAAUUCAAAAGGUGAAGGGAUUGCUGUCACGUCUUCUCAAAGUUCCUGUGUCAGACCUUCUGUUGUCCUAUGAAAGUCCCAAAAAGCCGGGCAGAGAAAUCGAGCUGGAAAAUGACCUAAAGUCAUUACAGUUUUAUUCUGUGGAAAAUGGAGAUUGUCUAUUAGUGCGAUGGUGACAACCAACUAAUAAAAUUUAAAGACCACACUGCUUAUCGUGUCUGGGGUUCACCGGAAAUAAAUGAUUCACUGGAACAAUUCUACUGUCAAAACAAAGGGGGUUUACAACUUGCCCUAAGUAUAACAAGGGAUGUAUUUUUUGUUGGGAAGUGACCAUUUCUAGGCUUAUACAUAAUUAAUAGCAAUAAUAAAGGCUUUGAACCUA